AUGGCAUCGAUUCUUAAGUUUGUGACCGCGGGUCUGUUGGCUGCCACCGCCGCUGCCCACCCUCUGCAUGGCCAUGGCCACUCUGGACAUCAGGUUCGCCCUUCGACCCUGCAGAAGCGUUCCGGAACCUCGACCAAGCGCGGUGCCGCUUACAACGAGGCGACUCUCGUUUCCGCUUUGACUUCCAGCUCCAGCGUUGUCUCCUGGGCCUACAACUGGGGUAGUACUAUCGACGGCGACCUUCCUUCCGGUGUCGAGUAUGUGCCCAUGCUGUGGGGUAUCGACGACGUCGAUACCUGGGCUGCGGCUGUUAGCACUGCCCUCGCAGACGGCAGCACCCAUCUGAUGGGUUUCAAUGAGCCCGACUCCUCCUCCCAAGCCGACAUCAGUUACAGCGACGCUGCCACAUACUAUAAGGAGUACCUCACCGCGUACUCGUCGGAUUUCACAUUGGUUAGCCCGGCUGUUACUUCGUCAACUACCACUGGUGAAGGUCUGUCUUGGCUCGCCUCUUUCUUGGAGGAAUGUACCUCGUGCGACAUUUCCGCCAUUGCCGUUCACUGGUAUGGUGGUGACAUUUCCGAGUUCAAGACCUUCGUUACCGAGGCCAUCUCGACCGCCAGCACUUACUCCAUCUCUGAAGUCUGGGUCACUGAAUUCGGUCUGGAUACUGAUGAGUCCGCUAUCACCGACUUGGCCACUGCUGCCACUUUCGUCACUGAGGCUAGCACAUGGCUCGAGGAGCAGUCCGAGGUUGCGCGUUACUCGUUCUUCUACUGCGCUAACGACUUCAUGCUUACCGACAGCGUUGCCAACACUGUCGGUGAUGCUUAUCUCGCUGUCUCUGGUUCCUCGACGACCUCUUCUUCCACCACUACCUCGUCGGAGUCGGCCUCGACUACCACAUAUGUUGCCUCUUCUGCGUCGACCUAUGUCUCUGUUUCAACCGAGACUAUCUCUUCCUCUGAGACCGAAGUCUCUUCGUCCGUCUCUGUGUCCAUCGAGAUCGGCGCUGACUCUGAAUCCGAAGCUACCACUUCCACAUCCGUGUCUACUUUCACUACGUCUGCGUCUACUUCGACUGUCGUUCCCACUUCGACUCCUGAGCCCACCACCACUUACACAUCCACCACCACCAUCGUUGCGACUGCCACUGCUGUGGCCACUACCUCCGUGACCACUUCAUCUGCUGUUACUUCCUCCCCAGUCGCCUCGUCCACUCCCACUCCCACCUCCACUCCAGUGGUGACUCCAUCUGCGACUCCUUCAACCUCUAGCUCAUCCGUCGCCACCGCUGAAGCCACUGUCGCAGCCGUUUCUGAGGAGGCUACCACUCCAUUCGACUACGGUGCGUGCGGUGCUCCUCGCCCGGCUUCGAGCUAG